AUGGAAAAAUUAGAAAAAAUUCAAGGUUUAACUCAUUCUAAUUUGGGCGUUAAAGUUGCUGCUAUGGAAGGUUUAGUUGGACUCAACUUAGAAAUGGGGCAGGAUGUUGCUUCGUCCAAAUUAGCAGAUACUUGCUUGCAACUCUUGGAUUCCAACCUUAAAUAUGGUUCUCAUGACUUUGAAGUGAUAAACCAUCUGUCUAAAGCGAUUAAGAGACUUGUGGAGUUAGUUGUAGGGAAUCAUGGAACCGGGAAUGUUGUGUUAUCACAUGGGAAGUUCUUACAUGCUAGUGGAAAAUUUUCUUCGGCGAAGGAGUAUUACCAGAAGGUAAUUCAAGGGGUGUCAGAGACUGAGAUCUCUGUUGAUCCAUCUAGUUUGGCAACUGGUAAUAUGGUCUCAGCAGAGAUUCUAUUAAGGGCCAGUUGUGCUUUAGGUCAACUUGAAGUUCAUUCAGGGUAA